AUGGCGCCUUCGAGAUCAAAGAAAUCUAAGUACAAGAAAACUCCCCGUGGUAAAGCUGUUUCUCCUAACAAAGAAGAAGAAAGUAUGAGCAAAACUAAACAACGGAAGAGGAAGUUGUCGGAUAUGUUAGGUCCUCAGUGGAGCAAGGAAGAGUUGGAGCGCUUUUAUGAAGGAUACCGCAAAUUUGGAAAAGAAUGGAAAAAGGUGGCUGGAUUUGUACAUAGCCGUUCUGCAGAUAUGGUAGAGGCUCUAUACACUAUGAAUAAGGCUUACUUGUCUCUUCCGGAAGGGACUGCUUCUGUGGUUGGCCUAAAUGCAAUGAUGACCGAUCACUACUCUGUUUUGCAUGGAAGGAGUGACAGUGAGCAGGAAAACAAUGAAGGUUUUGAAACUCCGAAGUCAGCCCCUAAGCGCUCUAAGGUGAAAUCCUCAGAUCAUCCGUCUACAGGAUUAGAGGGUCUGUCUGACCGCUUGCAAUUCAGGUCCUCUUCAGGUGGCUUGCCAUCACUGAAGAAGAGACGUACUGAGACCACGCCCCGUGCUGUUGGUAAAAGGACUCCUAGAAUUCCUAUCUCAUAUAACCUUGAGAAGGAUACUAGCAAAAAAGGUCUAAAUCAGAAGGGGGAUGAUACUGAUGAUGAUAUGGAACAUGAGAUUGCAUUAGCAUUGACUGAGGCUUCACAACGAGGUGGCUCGACCAAGAAAUCCAACACAGCAACUAGACAAGCAAAGAUGUACUCCCCUGAUAAGAAGGGUGAAAGAAUGCGUGCCGAUAUUGACUUGGCGAUUGCCAAGCUUCGUGCCACUGAUAUGGAAGAUGUCCGCCGUGAACAAAGCUUAGGAAGCACUGAAGCUGAUAAUGUGGAUUAUUCUGGAGGUAGAAAGGACCUGGCGCAUGGAGAAGGUUCUAGUGCCAUGGAUCUGCAGCAAAAUGGAAAGAAAUACUAUAGGAGGAGAUUUGGCAUCAAAGCCGAUGAUGCAAAAGAAGCCUGCAGUGGUACAGAUGAAGCACAAAGCUUAGGCGCUCUCGAUGAGAAAUUUGAACCAGAAGGGGAUGGGAAGUCUUCGAAACUCACUUAUAGAGGUUCAAGGAGAAAAAGUAAAAAAAGUCUCUUUACUGCAGAUGAAGACACAGCAUGUGAUGCUCUCCAGACGUUGGCAGAUCUCUCGUUGAUGAUGCCUGAAACUGCCACGGACACUGAGUCAGAUUUAAAAGGGACUGAGGAAAAGAGAGCUGGAAAAGCUUAUGUGUCAGAUUUAAAAGGGACUGAUCCAGCAUCCAUGUCAAAAAGUGGUUAUGUUAGGAACUCCAAACAGAGAAGAUCCGUCAGCAAUGAUCUUUGUAAUACUGAAGCCGAGAGAAGGAGUCCAAGUAGCUCUGUAAUCCGAACGAGACGGCAGAAAGGAUCGCCAGCUAAAGUUCCUAAAGAUGAGCUUGCUGCAAGUUCACAAGUCAUUGAGCCUCCUAAUAACAAGGGAAUAGGUGAGGGAAAUAAGCCUGUUGGGAGAGGUAAACGGUCAGCUAGUAUUCGAAACUCACAUGAAAAGAAGUCUGUCAAACCCCAGGAUCGUACUUCCUCAACUAACAACGUAGUAGAAGAAGAUGAGUCAGCUCCAUCAACUGCAGUUGCAAAAAAACAAGUUAACUUGCCAACUAAAGUUAGGAGCAGAAGAAAGAUAGUAACAGAAAAACCCCUAACUAUUGAUGACUGGAGGAAUUCUGAGACUCUAGAGAAGUUUUCGCAUUGCAUAUCUAGUUUCCGAGCAAGAAGAUGGUGCUUUUUUGAGUGGUUCUACAGUGCAAUUGACUACCCAUGGUUUGCGAGACAAGAGUUUGUUGAGUACUUGGAUCAUGUAGGGUUGGGUCAUGUUCCUAGGUUAACUCGCGUUGAAUGGGGUGUCAUAAGGAGUUCUCUUGGGAAGCCAAGACGUUUUUCUGCACAGUUUCUGAAGGAGGAAAAAGAAAAGCUAUACCUAUACAGGGACUCUGUAAGAAAACAUUAUGAUGAACUAAACACAGGCAUGAGGGAAGGCCUUCCGAUGGAUCUGGCUCGGCCUCUAAAUGUUUCACAGAGAGUCAUUUCCCUCCAUCCAAAAUCAAGAGAGAUUCAUGACGGCAGCGUCCUAACUGUUGAUCAGUGUAGGUACCGGAUACAGUUUGACAACCCUGAACUAGGUGUGGAAUUUGUUAAGGAUACUGAAUGCAUGCCCCUGAAUCCUCUAGAAAACAUGCCAGCAUCACUUGCAAGGCACUAUGCUUUGAGUUUGCACACUCAGAAUUCCAGCGAGGAGAAAAUGCAUGAGCGGGUAAAGGGAAGCAUGCCGGAAGGAUAUCUCAAAAUUUCGUGCGAGACAGACCAUCCCUUACCCUCAGUAAAUUAUAACAUUAGCAAUUCAGUAAAGCAGGAAAAGGUAGAUAUCUCAAGUUCGAAUCAACAAGCUCAAGAUGGAGACGAUGAGGCUCUUGAUUUACAAUUGUUGAAUUCUCAGCCUUCAAGUAUUGGACAUAUCCAUGCAAGAGAAGCUGAUGUCCAAGCUCUUUCUGAACUAACACGUGUGCUUAACAAGAAGGAGCUAGUUUUGAGGGAGCUAAAAUGCAUGAACGACGAGGUUGUGGAAAGUCAGAAAGAUGGGGAUAAUGCUCUAAAGGAUUCUGAGUCUUUUAAGAAACAAUAUGCAGCAGUUCUCUUUCAGCUAAGCGAAAUCAAUGAACAGGUUUCGUUGGCACUUCUUGGCUUGAGGCAACGAAAUACUUACCAGGAGAAUGUGCCAUGUACUUCAACAAGACGCACGAGCGAAUCAGGGGAACCUGAUGGUCAGUUAAAUUACUUAGACAAUGAUGCAUCUGACACCAAUGGAUUCCAUGUGUCUGAGAUUGUUGACAGUUCUAGAAUUAAAGCACGGAAAAUGGUACACAGAGCUAUACAGGCGUUGACGAUACUAAGGAAAGAGAAAAAUAAUAUUGUAAAUAUUGAAGAAGCCAUUGAUUUUGUGAAUAAUCAGCUCUCAGUAGAUCAAACAGAAGAACCAUCAGUCCAGCAAGCACAAGGUUCCCAUGAUCAGCGUCUUCCAUUCACACCAAAUCCUCCUAGCUCAGCUCACGCUGAUGAUUCCCACCAAAAUCCGCUCGACCAAAACGACCUGCAAAUCCCAUCUGAACUUGUUUCACGCUGUAUGGCUACACUGCUCAUGAUCCAGAAAUGUACAGAGAGGCAAUUCCCACCAAGUGAAGUGGCACAGGUGCUUGACUCGGCGGUGGCAAGUUUACAGCCUUGCAGCUCAAGGAACCUUCCGAUCUAUACAGAGAUCCAGAAGUGCAUGGGAAUCAUCAGAAACCAGAUUCUAGCACUCGUGCCUUCCUAG